CCCGAAAGGCACCAGCAGCAGGGUUCAAACCAGAUGGAGGCUGGGCAAAAGGCUGGUCUUCUGCCUUCUGCUGCUGCUGCUGCUGCUGCCGAGCUACUGCUGCUUAACAACACAGGGACGAUAACAGAGAGGGGCUGUGGACAUCAUUAACUACAACGCUGCUCACUGCUAGAGAAGUAGAUAACGGUACCCGUAAGGUAAAGUCUGUCAUGAGUUAAAGCGUAAUUUCGCCAACGGCGCAGACGCAUAACGUUAUCCAAAUGAAGUUUGACAGGCUAACGUUAACAUCAGGUUUAACGAUCUUCAAGCGGCUAGCUCCAGUGUUGGCUACAAGUGCUGCCACUAGCAGCUAGGUUAAGUCAAUGGCAGCUUGCGAGAGCCGCUAGCCUUUUGAAGUUGCUUACUGAAUCAUUGUGGCCAGCUGGCAAACAGCAUUAGCUAACAGCGUUAACGUUACUUCUUUAGCUGGAGCUGCCAACUGGUAACUUAACUAACUGUUAGCUAUAACCGAGAAGGCGAGUAACGUUAACGUUAUAUCUCCACAUCUGCUCGCUCACUCUGUGUCGGAAAUUACCUGAUAGAAGCAAAUGGCUUUUAAUGUUUAAUUAGCAAUUUAAGCUAGCAAUGCGUACUACAUUAUUUCAGAAUAACGUUAGCUUGCCGGUGUCGGAUUAUUGCACUCCGUGGUACUAUUACUGUGCCCUGACCAGCAGCGUCACUCAUAGCAUUUUGCAUAAUGAGUGAUCAUUAUGUAAAAAAUGUCGAGCAAAUGAGAUCAUUCGGCGAGGAUGCUGAAAAGGAGGGCGUGGACAUUGAGGAGCAGGUGCCAGUGUCUUCUCCCCCAGCCUCCGUCUCACCGGACCCUUCCAGCAUCACCAUAGCUGGGAGAGAUGCAUCCAACACCUCCAUCACUUGUAAACAUAGAGGUAAAAGUCGUAGUAAGCAGGGAAAAGACGACAAGAACUCUUGUGGCAAACGGAUCUCAGACCUGUCACUGCAGGGGUGUGUAGUUUCUGCUCCUGUUGGGAAAAACUUGAAUAGACCAGGGCAUGAGCGGACACUUCACAUCCAAGGAACUGGAAAGAUCCUGCAGGGCAAGUCGGAGACUAAUGGGAACUAUGUAACCAUUCAUCCGUCCAAAAACAUUCAAGAAGCACACCGUGAGGAUGGAUUCAAACUUGCAAAGAAGAGAAGACCAGUGACGGUGGACACUGCCAAAGCCAAAACCUCGUUGGAGGCACUGAAGUUAAGCAUCAAGCAGCUGAAGUGGAAAGAGUUUCCUCUAGGAAGACGAGCAGCCUGUGACAUCUACUGGCAUGGCGUUUCCUUCCAUGACAAUGAAAAUAUCAUCUCAGGGCAGGUGAACAAGUUCCCAGGAAUGAUUGAAAUGCUGAGGAAGAUCAACCUGAGUCGGGCAGUGCGGACUAUGCAGGAGUUGUUCCCAGAAGAGUAUGACUUCUAUCCCCGUUCCUGGAUCUUACCUGAGGAGUACCAACAGUUUUCCACACAGAUUCGCAUGGUGAAGGAGAACGAUGCCACAGUGAGUCCCACCUUCAUUGUCAAGCCAGAUGGGGGCUCUCAGGGGGACGGCAUCUACCUCGUUCGUGACCCUAGUGACCUAAAGCUCAUGUCGGGUUCACUGGCCAAACAGGCUGUUGUCCAGGAGUACAUCCAGAAGCCGUUACUCAUUGACAAGCUCAAGUUUGAUAUCCGCCUCUACGUGCUGAUAAAGUCCCUGGAGCCAUUGGAGAUCUACAUCGCCAAGGAAGGCCUGACACGUUUUUGCACCGAGCCCUACCAGGAACCAAGCCAGAAGAAUCUGACCCAUGUGUUCAUGCACCUGACCAACUACUCCCUCAACGUCCACAGCGGCAACUUUGUCCACUCAGACAGCCAGAGCACAGGCAGCAAGCGCACUCUCUCCAGCGUGCUGUACAGGCUGGCAGCUAAAGGCGUAGACAUCAAGAAGGUGUGGUCGGACAUCAUCGCUCUUGUCAUCAAGACCGUCAUUGCUGUGGUGCCUGAACUUAAAGUCUACUAUCAGGCAGAUAUACCGCCGGGUAAACCAGGACCCACUUGCUUCCAGAUAUUAGGUUUUGACAUCCUGCUAAUGAAGAACCUGAAGCCAGUAUUACUAGAGGUCAACUCCAACCCCAGUAUGAGAAUAGAACAUGAACAGGAGGUGGCACCAGGAGUUUUUGAAUAUGUCCCUAGUCCAGUCGACGAAGAGGUUAAAGUGAGUGUGAUCCGAGACACCCUGCGCCUUAUGGAUCCUGGCCACAAGAAACCUUCAAUUUCCCAACCAAGGGCUGGUGGGUUUGAACACGGAGAGGAGAUUCCCAUGGAAGCGGAGUCGCAAGAAAGGAGCCCCGAUGAAGGAGUUCUGCCCUCUCUGUGUCUGAAGCAGGUCUACCCAAAGUACACCAAACAGUUCAACUACCUGCGGCUGGUGGAGCGAAUUGCAACUCUCUUCAUACGUUUCCUCGGGGUCAAGGGCAACAUGCGUCUGGGCCCCACUGCCUUCAGAACCUUCAUCAGGACCUGCAAACUGAGCAACAGUAACUUCACCAUGGCUUCAGUGGACAUUCUCUACAUAGACAUCACACGUCGUUGGUCAGGAGCGAUACCCGAGUCUAAAGAAGCAGAGGAGAUGAAGAUGUCCGCGGGUAGGAGUGGAAAUAGAACGAGCGAUAUGAGAAGGUUGGUGCAUACCUUCCUCCCCUCCUGGCUCGAUCAUAUAUGGACAGUGUGGUCCUAUCAGGAGGAGGACAUGGCUGCUUUUAAUAUACUUACUGUUUCUACUGGGCAGCUAUUUGCUUCCCUUUACCUUUGUCUGGCAACACCUAAACCAACUUUCUUUUCAGGGAUUACAAUAGAUGCUCUAGCUUCACAUUCAAUGCAUUUAUACACAUAACAUAAAUACAUGGGUGUAAGGGAGUGUCCUCGGUUAUGUAUAUCAUAUUCUUGAAUUUGCACAACAACUCUUUGAUCAUUUGCACAGAAAUGGAUGUGGGGGGUGACUGAGCAUUUGUGUGGGUGCAUUGUGUAUGUUUGAGAGUGUGUGUGUGUGUGUGUAUGUAUUGUAUUUAUUUGUGUUUAGCUCAGUGGUGAUACCCUAUUUACAGGCAGUGGCCCAGCUGUGCAUCCUAGCUCUGUGAGCCCAUUAGCGAUGAGUUAAGUGAAUAAGUAUUCAAAGGGAAAAAGGCCACGCCACCACUUAUCCUAUUUCAGUUCAGCAGCUAUCCCAGUCAGGCAGCCUCAGACCUCCAGCAAACAUGGGUGAUUACUUUGUAGCCACACAACUGACAUUUGGGAAUGAAUUAUUUCAGAAAUAAUAUGCAUGACACAGAAUUUCAAAAUUUAGACACAUGCUUUGUUUCUUAAAUGUGUUCCAGGUGGCUUUUGUAAUAAAAACCAUAUCCAAUGUGUGCGAUGUGGCUUUCAGUUACACACAAAAUGACCGCCACUGUUGGAUGCCAACCAGAAUGGUCGUAGAGUGUCAUUGUCGUAUGAGAUUAUUCACACUACAGUUAAUUACUGAACAUUAACAUUUGAUUUGUAUGUUUUUUUUUCUUUUACACUAAGAAUAUUAAUUUGUCACAUGCAGACCAAGAAUUAAGUGUGAUGUGUUGCACAAAAGCACACUCAGACUUAUUAUUUACACACCUGCAUUGUGGGCAGCUGUUAAAUACAUACGGUGAACUGAACAUGUUAAAUUAUUUCUGCUAUACAUGUUGUAGGACUAAUAUAUUUACUGCAGUAUGUAUAAGAUGACAUGAAGUAGAUUUAUAAGGUUAUUAACAGCGAUCAAUCAUAUGAAUGAAAUGAAUUUGAGAGCAAUGCAAAAAAUAAACUUAAUUUUGCUCUAUGAACUGAA